AUGUCGCCAACGCUUUCCCCCACCUCUCACACUUCCCCCCACCGUCGCCCUAGCUUUCCGCCACCGUCGCUCACGCUUCCCCUUACCGCUGCUCACGCUCCCUCCUGCCUUCCCCCACGCUUCCCCACACCGUCGCUCGCGCCCUCCCCCACCUUCCCCCACCUUCCCUCACGCUUCCCCGCACAUCGCCCACGCUUCCUCCCACCGUCGCCCACGCUUCCUCCCACCGUCGCCCACGCUUCCUCCCACCGUCGCCCACGCUUCCUCCCACCGUCGCCCACGCUUCCCCCCACCGUCGCCCACGCUGCCUCCCACCGUCGCCCACGCUUCCUCCCACCGUCGCCCACGCUUUCCCCCACCGUCGCCCACGCUUCCUCUCACCGUCGCCCACGCUUUCCCCCACCGUCGCCCACGCUUCCUCCCACCGUCGCCCACGCUUCAUCCCACCGUCGCCCACGCUUCCCCCCACCGUCGCCCACGCUUCCCCGCACCGUCACCCACGCUUCCCCCCACCGUCGCCCAUGGCAGGUGGUGGUGCGGCUGUGGAGCAGAGUGUUGGGCGCACAGCCCGGGCAGCGCGUGCAGGCGGGCAGCAAGGAGUGCAGUGCUGCAGGGGGCGGGUUAGGGGAUGCGGAGCGGGGGAGGCGGGGGUUAGGGAGAGAGGGUGCAGGGAUCCUCCUAUCCCCCUUAUACCCCGCCCAUCAUCUCAUCCGCCCAUCAUCUCAUCCGCCCAUCAUCUCAUCCGCCCAUCAUCUCAUCCGCCCAUCAUCUCAUCCGCCCAUCAUCUCAUCCGCCCAUCAUCUCAUCCGCCCAUCAUCUCAUCCGCCCAUCAUCUCAUCCGCCCAUCAUCUCAUCCGCCCAUCAUCUCAUCCGCCCAUCAUCUCAUCCGUCCAUCCUCUCAUCCGCCCAUCCUCUCAUCCGCCCAUCCUCUCAUCCGCCCAUCCUCUCAUCCGCCCAUCAUCUCAUCCUCCUUUCCUCUCAUCCUCCUUUCCUCUCAUCCUCCUUUCCUCUCAUCCCCCUAUCCUCUCAUCCCCCUUUCUCUCAUUCGGCCUUCAUCCUCCCACCGUCGCCCACGCUUCCCCCCACCGUCACCCAAGCUUCCCCAUAAUGUCGCCUCCUCCUCACCCCAUCUCCUCCCUUCCCUCGAACGAGCUCGCUCAUUCCCCUCCUGUCACCCACGCACGCACCCUCCCCUCGACCGACAAGUCGUUCUCCGCUUCCGUCGCAUAUGCGUUCAUUUCCCCUUCCCUCAUCUCCCCAUUCCUCAUCUCCCCUUACCUCAUCUCCCCAUUCCUCAUCUCCCCUUCCCUCAUCUCCCCAUUCCUCAUCUCCCUUUCCCUCAUCUCCCCAUUCCUCAUCUCCCCCUCCCUCAUCUCCCCAUUCCUCAUCUCCCCUUACCUCAUCUCCCCAUUCCUCAUCUCCCCUUCCCUCAUCUCCCCAUCCCUCAUCUCCCCAUCCCUCAUCUCCCCAUCCCACACCUCCCCAUCCCUCAUCUCCUCAUCCCUCAUCUCCCCAUCCCUCAUCUCCCCAUUCCGCCUCACCCCAUUCCGCCCCACCCCAUUCCGCCAUGCCAUCCUACUCCUCAUCCCCAUUCCCUCGUUUCCCCAUCCCUCCUUUUCCGAUCCCAUCAUUCCCUCUGCCAACUUUCCCAUCCCACCAUACGGUCAUACCCCAUCCCGCGACCUCCUCGUCACCUCCACCCGGCCCCUCUCCUCCCUGCUUCUUCCCAUCUUCCCAUCUUCCGCCUCGCCAAAAGGUUUGUUCUUCACCACCUCCGCUAUCCAUCCUUUCUAUACCCAUCCCCUCCUCCCCAUCCAUCCCAUCCCCAACUCCUGCCCCUAUCCCUCCUCUCGCGAUCCCUCCUCUCGUUUUCUCAUUCCCUCCUCUCGUUUUCUCAUUCCAUCCUCUCCCCGCCCCGUUCCUCCAUGUCUCCCAUCUGCCGUACCUCACCUCCAUCUGUUCCUCCCAUCCUCCAUCCUCGUUACCUCCCUGCCACCCUUUCUCCUCCCCACCCUCCUCCCCAGCCUUUCUUCCUCCCCUCCCUUCUGCUUCUCCCCCAAGCGUCCUCCCUGCCUCCCUUCCUCCCAUCAUCACUUCCUCCCUUCCUUCAUUCCUGCAUUUGCCUUCCAUUCCUCCGUUCCUCCCUCAUUUGCCAGUUGUCAUUCUUUUGAAUGCUUGCUUCCCUUAUAUUUCAGCCACGUCACAUCUGACUUCUUGGUUUGUGUUUGGACAGGCCUGCUCUGCAUCUGGUUGUGA